AUGGAGGGCUCCUAUAAAUACUCUCAAUGGGCAACGCCACGAGUGAUCAGUGCACCACCAGACUGGGUGAUAGAUGCGGAAAGGCAAAACCGGGGCGAGAUACCUGCACCACACGUCUUACCAAGAAAGGAAAGGUCCACCGUAAGCCCCGAACGUUUCCAGCAAGCCAUAGGAGACCUCGCUGCAUGGAAUCCUCUGCCUGAUAGUCUGGGCAUGUGGCGGAUGUCACUUGAAGACCAUCGGCCAGAACAGGCCGCAGCUGCUUCACAAAACUUGGAAGCCGUGAAUACACAGUCGCGUGGGAUUUCAAGCUCAUCGUUGCCCCAUUCCACAAUUUUGCCGAAACCUGCAGUCCCCAAGAAAGCUCGGAAGGUCACUUUUGCAGCGCAACCAUCGCAGUCACCUUCGCCACAGAAGCGGAAGCGGUCAAGCAUACAAGAACCCAGUCAAAAUCUACCUAAAGCUAGCCGCAAAAGCCUCUUGCAGCCCAGCACCCCCCGAAGGAGGAGAGGAGGUGUGGUAGAUCAAAUGGACAUUGAUGGAGAUGACAAGGAGGACGAGGACACAGCAAGAGCACAGCCUCCUCCGCGUAGAACCAGCAACAGGUUGAAGAAGCGUGCAGCCAGGCGAGUCGGGCCAACAUUCUACAUCUAG